ACAGUCGUGUAAUGUGCGGCAGUAGAGCCUGAACACGGAUCAAACAAGAAGCAACAGCAGGGAUUCAAGCAACUGCAAGCGUACUAGGAAGCCCGGGGAGGGAGCUGAGGAGGCAGACUAGACCCAGAGGAGCAGACUUCUGGGUGUACAGUGCAGGCACCCAUGGCAUCACAGGAACUUAUGGACGGGCGAGCCUCCACCGCUGAUAAUCUGAAUCCAGGAAUGGAGGGUGGCGCUGUGCCCAGCAGCGGCAAAAGCUGUCCUGUCCACACCCCUGGCACAGAGGAUGCCAAACGGGGAUUUCGGAAAGGCAUAGGGAGACACAAUGACUAUGUCAAGAUCUCCGUGCCCGAGUCCAAGGUCAACCGUCUGCCCAUGGAGUGGUGGAAGACAUUCAUUGCAUUCUUUUACGCUGCUUUCAACUUGGUCCUGACAACAGUUGUCAUCACAGUGGUCCACGAGAGGGUCCCACCCAAAGAAGACAGCCCCCCUCUUCCUGAUAAGUUUUUCGACUAUAUUGAUAGGGUAAAGUGGGCAUUUACUGUGACGGAGAUCAACGGCAUGGUCCUGGUGACCAUCUGGAUUGUCCAGCUAUUCUUCUUCAGAUAUAAGUCAAUUGUAAGCAGGCGGUUCUUCUUCCUGAUUGGCACCCUGUACUUGUACCGCUGUGUUACCAUGUACAUCACCACCCUGCCUGUACCUGGCAUGCAUAUGACUUGUGCUCCUAAGCUGCAUGGAAACUCACAGGCAAAGAUACAACGUGUCCUGCAGCUGAUCUCAGGUGGAGGUCUGUCCAUAACAGGCUCCCAUCUCAUGUGUGGAGACUUUCUCUACAGUGGACACACUGUCAUGCUCACCCUCACCUACUUAUUCAUCAAGGAGUACUCUCCUCGGUCGUUCUGGUGGUACCACCUGAUGUGCUGGCUGCUGAGCGCUGUGGGUGUGGUGUGCAUCCUGGUGGCUCAUGAGCACUACAGUGUGGAUGUGGUGGUGGCCUAUUUCAUCACCUCUCGCCUCUUCUGGUGGUACCACACCAUGGCAAACCUACAGACUCUGAAAUGCUCGCCCAACAACUACCUCACCAACACCUGGUGGAACCCCGUGUUCAAUUUCCUGGAGAGGAACGUGCAAACUUCAGUGCCGUGUUCGUACAGCUGGCCCAUCACCUGGCCCCCCGCCUGCCUUAAGAACCCCUGUAAGAAGUACUCCAUGGUACAGAGCACACGAGAGGAGUGACGCCCACCAUCCCGCAACCCCGCAACCGCCACCAGUGUUGCUUGACCAUAUUCGCACAGUAUUCAUGGUCUGCUGGACAGGAACAUACCGUACCAAAUGUGUAGGCCCCAUCAAUGACUCUUCAUGACAAAAUCUAAUUUAUGAAGGAACAGUUUCAGAGGGAAUAUGUUUGCGAGUAAGCAGUAACUGUCUGUGUUCUUCACCACUAUAAUUUAUUUAUGAGGUUUAGAGGUCCUUCGAAGUUGUUACUUUUUUUGUCGUAAACGAUGCUUGUAUCAUAUCAAAACUGAAUUUCAAAUAGUUCAUAAUCACUGACUUGCAGGUUUGCUACAGUGUUUGCAAGAUUUGAUUUUGAUGUGUUUUCCCUCUCAGUAUAUGUUGAGGGGCUUUACCUCAAUAUGAUGUCAGUGUUCUCAAGUCACAAGGUGCCUUAGAAAUAGUGUGUUAAAUGUUAGUAGAAAAACUGCCAUGUUAUUAUCUUGAUGUGAU